CGCGAUGACGGUACAAUACUAUCAAAGAAUAUACAAUCUGUAAUCGUACACACAGUUUUGUCGUUUCCUGUCGUAUAUUUACGUGACGUGGGUAUCACUGAUUGACUUGCUUUGCCGGUUGUGUCUACAUCGAGUCAAAUUAGAACAAUUUUUUCACGGAUCCUUAUAAAAAUUUACUUUUUUUAUUGAUACAAUAUUAUCGCCAUGAUGUUGCAAUCAGUAUUUGAAGAUCUACGUCGGAUGAACAAACGACAGUUCCUGUAUCAAGUGCUGAGCUUUGGCAUGAUCGUGUCAUCGGCCUUAAUGAUAUGGAAAGGUCUAAUGGUUGUAACUGGUAGCGAAAGUCCCAUUGUUGUUGUUUUAAGUGGUAGUAUGGAACCAGCAUUUCAUAGAGGUGAUCUAUUAUUUUUAACAAAUCAUCAGAAUGAACCUAUGAGAGUAGGAGAAAUUGUUGUUUUCAAAGUCGUUGGAAGAGAGAUACCGAUAGUGCAUAGAGUUCUGAAGCUCCACGAAAAAGGAGACCAGAACAAUACUGUUAAAUUUUUAACAAAAGGUGAUAAUAAUUCUAUUGAUGACAGAGGUUUAUAUGCACAAGGACAAUUAUGGCUAACACACAAAGACGUUGUUGGUAGAGCAAGAGGAUUUUUACCGUAUGUGGGUAUGGUUACUAUUUACAUGAAUGAAUAUCCCAAAUUUAAAUAUGCCGUUCUAGGGUGUUUGGGUUUAUACGUUUUAAUUAACAGAGAAUAAGAAUACUUUUUUAUAGAAAAUUAAUACAAUAGACUGUCAUUUGUCGUUUAAUCGAAAUACGUAAUACGAUUAGAUGACAAUGAAUUGAUUGAAACGUUUGUACAGGGUUUGUUCGCAUGAGUUUCAUACCCUUUCAAUUGUAUGCUGUUCACAUAUAUUUUUUUUUCUGUAAAAAAUGUAUCACCUUGUUAGAAAACUAAUGAUUGCUUGUGACAGUGGUAAAUAAUUGAAAGAGUACAAAGGCAGACUCCAGUACUUUUAUAUUGUGCCACAAAAUGAACAAUUUCUCAGCUAUUAGCAAAAUUAUAUACAAAAUAGGAUUUGUAUGUGCAUACACGAUCUUGUGCUUAUCAUUAAAAACAAGAAACCAAAUAAACCGGAUCUAUUAAGAUUUAUAAAAUUCAUUGUUUAGAUAAAGAAAAUAAUGGUACAAAAUAUUUUUGAGACACAUACCUGGGCGUUGCUCUUAAUUUUAAGAAUUGUUGCACUAUAUCACAUUCUAUCGUUUUUUAUGCACCUAUGCUUUGCUACUUAUAGCAAGAUUAAUUAAAUUUAAAUAAUUGAUGUCAAAGCUAUAUAUAAGAUAUAUCUUAUCAAUUUAAUACACAAAAAUAAAUAUAAUUUUUAUUUAUGUAUCAGCUAGAUUAACAAUAAGUAAAAUAAUGGUAUGACAAUUAUUUGUAAUGACUGUUUAAUCUUGAAAGUAACAAGUAUAUUAUAUUCAGACACAAUGGAAAUGUUUGAACUAUUCAACAGUUUAAUAGUGGUUUGUAUAUACUUAAUUAAGAUUUUUCUUGUCAUUGACCAUAAAACUGAUGUAAGAAUCCUGUUAAGAUAAUAAUAGAAAUUGUACAUAUACUAAAUUAUAAAUCCAUUGCCGCUUAAAA